AUGGCCACCCAGCACACCUGGCUACUGGCCAUCUUGGCACUCCUCACUGUGGUACUUCAGGCAACGGAAGCAGGCCCCUAUGCUGCCAACGUGGAGGACAGUACCUGCUGCCAGAGCUAUGCCCACCGCCCACUGCCCCAGAGUGCACUGAAGGAUUUCUACUGGACUUCUCCCAACUGCCGGCGGCCUGGAGUAGUCUUACUGACCAUCAGAGACCUGGAGAUAUGUGCAGACCCCAGACAGGCCUGGGUAAAGAGGAUUCUCCGGAAGCUGAGCAAGGGAGCAAGAACCUUCUGA